UGAGAGGUACAUGAAGGAGAGAGUAUCGAAGAAACACACAGAGACACUUUGAAGCUUUAAUGAUUUAAUUUCUCACAAGCAUAAAAAAGAGCUAAAGAAAAAAGAUGGGAACAGCUACUUUCAUAGAUAUUCUUCUUGCUAUCCUCUUGCCUCCUCUUGGAGUCUUUCUCAGAUAUGGUUGCGGGGUAGAGUUUUGGAUAUGUUUGGUUUUGACGCUGCUUGGAUACCUCCCUGGGAUCAUAUACGCUCUUUAUGUCCUCACCAAAUGAUUUACCAUCUAUCCUCUCUUCUUGUAUCUUCAUCUCCUUCUGUUCCGUCGCGUUCUCCUCUACUCGUUGUGUGUUACUAAUUCAUCGUUUCUUAUGUUGUAUUUGCAUUUUGUUAUAUAAUUUUCUGUUGAUAUAAAGAGGAGAUGGUUUGUUACCUAAUUGGAUUUUUAAUGCUAUACUUUGAAAUCGGAA